AUGUACUACAAUGGAGUCUAUCAUCUCUUUUACCAAUACAACCCAAAAGGAGCAGUUUGGGGUAACAUCAUUUGGGGCCACGCAGUGUCAAAGGAUCUCAUCAAUUGGAAAGAACUUGAACCCGCUUUAUACCCGUCCAACCCGUUUGACAAAUACGGGUGCUGGUCCGGGUCAGCCACCAUUCUGCCGGCGGGUAAAGGACCGGUCAUCCUUUACACCGGAGUCAUAGACAAGCACAACAAUGAGGUCCAAUUAUACGCCAUACCCGAAAACAAAUCCGACCCGUUUCUAAGAAAAUGGAUAAAGCCCAAAACGUUUAACCCGAUCAUUGUAGCUGAACACGCCAUGAAUGCCAGCGUUUUCCGCGAUCCCACCACUGCAUGGUGGACUAGGGAUGGACAUUGGAGGAUUCUGAUUGGUGGGAGCAGGAAAAAUAGAGGGAUGGCUUAUACAUACAGGAGCAAGGAUUUUGUGAAGUGGCUCCGGGUCAAGCACCCGAUCCAUUCGGUGGCGUCCACGGGCACGUGGGAGUGCCCUGAUUUUUACCCGGUUUCUUUGAAGGGGAAAAACGGGUUAGACAUAUCCACGGUUGGGAAUAGUAUUAAGCAUGUUCUUAAGAACAGUCUUGACAAAACUAGGUUUGAGUACUAUACAAUUGGAACCUAUUUCUGGAAUAAGGAUAAGUAUAUCCCUGAUAACACUUCAGAGGAUGGUUGGGGUGGUCUUAGAUAUGAUUAUGGAAACUUUUAUGCUUCCAAAUCAUUCUUUGACCCAAGCAAGAAUAGAAGGGUUUUGUGGGCAUGGGCAAAUGAAUCGGAUUCCAAGGAAGAUGAUGUUAAGAAAGGAUGGGCAGGAAUUCAGUCAAUUCCAAGAACUGUGUGGCUUGAUUCUGAUGGGAGACAAUUGGUGCAAUGGCCUGUCGAAGAAUUAAACAGUCUUAGAGAGAAAGAAGUUAAACUAAGCAAGCACAAGCUGAAGAAGGGAGAUUAUGUUAAAGUCAAAGGGAUUACUGCAGCUCAGGCUGAUGUGGAAGUUACCUUCUCGUUCUCAAGCUUGGAGAAGGCAGAAGCAUUUGAUUCAAGGUGGGUGAAUCCAGAGGAUAUAUGUGCAGAAAAGGGUUCAAAGGAUGAAGGAGGGGUUGGACCAUUUGGGCUUUUGACAUUGGCUUCAGAAAAGUUGGAAGAGUUCACUCCUGUGUUCUUCAGAAUUUUCAAAGCUCCACACAAGCAUGUGAUUCUCAUGUGCUCUGAUGCAAGAAGUUCCUCCUUGAAGAGAGAAUUGUACAAGCCAUCAUUUGCAGGCUUUGUGGAUGUGGAUUUAUCCAACAAUAAGAGACUCUCUCUCAGAACUUUGAUUGAUCACUCUGUGGUGGAAAGUUUUGGUGCUGGAGGGAAAACAAACAUCUUAUCUAGGGUUUAUCCAACACUAGCAAUAAAGAAAAAGGCUCACCUCUUUGUGUUCAACAAUGGCACUGAACAUAUCACUCUGGAAAACCUGAAAGCAUGGAACAUGAAGUCUGCUCGUCGAAAUUAA